AUGGCGUCUCCUAUGUCGGCUGCUGAGCGGGCCGAUGGGCCGCGUCACGAUGACGUUGAAUUAUUGAAGAGGCGAUUUGAUCGUGUCCAAUCGGUGGCCCGCGGCGCGGACGCGGCGGUAGCGUCGCUCGUGACACAGGGCGUCGGCCGCGGCGUCUUUGAUCGCUGCAGGGCUGCCAACCGUGUGCAGCGCAAAUCGAUAAAU